AUGCUUGAUUGUGAAUCAACAUCAUUUGAUGAUGAAAGAAAAGAAAAAAUUUUCAAGUUAGCAUGUGCAAUGGGAGAUACUUAUGAUUCAGAAAAUGACAGGGAAAAAGAAUUUGAAAAUAAACUUAACAGUUUUUUGGGGUAUAAUAUAGAUGGAAAAGAUAGGAAGAAGAGGAAUUGUAAUGAAGAAGUUAGAUUUGAUGCAUUAGUAAAGUUAGAAUAUUCAAAAUCAGAAAAGGAUGCCUUGUUAGUAGGAUUCGAAUACAAAAAUGAAUCAUCAAAGGUAGAUCCAUAUGUGCAAAUCAGCACAUACUACCAAGAAUAUGUGGUUCAACAUGCCGAAGAUGAUGAAGAUCUUAUCCUGAAUACUUGUAUUCCAUGUUUUCUAGUUUGUUUGCAUGGUGCACGAUUUGAGAUUGCAGGUGCUGUAUUUGGGGAAAGGGUUACAAUAUGUCCUUUAAUAGCAGAAAAUCUUGUAGUCAGACCUGAUUUUUUUGAAUCAUGGAUAAAUCGACUGACAAGAAUAUUUUGUUCUUUACAUGAGGCGAUUAAAACUUUGGAAAAAUACUAUAGUGAAUGUUUAUUAGUUCCAGAAAAAAAGAUUGAUAGAAACGUGGGAAGGUUUCCAUGGAUAAGGUCAUACACAAAGGAUUCUUUAGUGGUAUCUUUUCAAUACAAAAAAUGUUGUGUUGACAUUUUACAAAGUCUGGUGUAUCUUGUAGAAGAGAAUGAUGAUACAAAACACAUAGUCAAGUUUUCUGAAACUUAUGGUUAUGAUGCACACAGUUUCUGUGCUGAACAUCAAAUAGCACCAAAAAUCAUUCAUUAUUCAGACAUAAAUUCUGGGUAUAAAUUUAUUGUAAUGCAAUAUCUUGAUGGAUAUGAGACUAUAAAUUCAUUGUUUUCGAAAGUAAAAAAAGAAGAUUUGAAGGAGAUAAAAAAUUCUAUAAAACUUGCUGUAGGAAUAUUACAUGACAAAAACUUUGUUCAUGGAGAUUUUCGACUAAAUAAUAUACUUGCUAAAAAAGUAGAGGAUAGAUGGGUUAUAAAAAUUAUAGAUUUUGAAUGGGCAGGUCCAGAAGGAAAAAUUAGAUAUCCGUAUGUGACCAUGAAUCCAAAGAUCAAAUGGCACAAUGAAGUGAAACCUGGAAAUUUAAUUAGAAAAUCACAUGACAUACAUUUAUUAGAUGAAGGCUUUAUUACUCCUCAAUGA